CCUCAGAAGCUGCGUGGGUCGUUCGGCUUGCUCACGCCAUUAUUGUUGUUGUUGUGAAUAAGACAGACAAAGGAUUCCCCACGCUGUGGACCCCUUACAUCUUUGUCGGCUCAGCAAAGCCAUGAUCACACCCUGAUGGAAUGCUAUUGAAAUGAGCCAUAUCAAGGAGCACAGCAGGCGUUAACUGAGCUGGCACACAAGUCAGUAACAAAGGCAAGAAGGAUACAGAAUAGCAAACUGAGGCAACAUCCAAAAUUCUUGUCAUUUUUGGUCCUGUUUUCUCGGGUUCAUCCGUGUCCUUUUCCGAAGAGUGGCCACUGCUGAUAAGGUUUCAGAUCCUUCUGUGAAGGUUUGGCAUGGACAUUGCUGUUGCUUAUUUGUUGAAGGGGUUGCUGUGGAUACGAACGGCAGGGAGGCUGCACUGAAGCCAGAGGCAGGAGUGAACAAGCUGCCUGCUGCAGAGUGUGCCGCUAUUGGAGCAGAUGCGGCUGAAUGCAGGCUAAGCAAACAUGAGAUUCAUGCCACGCUCUCCGUGAAGCUCCAUCCAGUGCAGAAAAGACCAAGCCCCCUUGUUGCUCUUCCCCGUCCAUGUCGCCAGUCUCUCCCCGGACUUUAAUGCUGGAGUUGAUGGAAGCAGGGAAGCAAGAUGUGUUAGCAUCGCAGGUCAUGUGAUUCCUCAUGAGAGCUGGAUGGAGUGGUGGAGGGUCUGGCUGACCCUGGAGCAUCAUUUUCCUGCCUGUGACUGUGUGAAUAGUGGCGCUUGAAUGAUAAAAAGCAAUGCGGGCAACAGUAAUCCUGGUGCAGGUAAACCCAGGUGAGGCCUUCACUAUUCGACGAGAGGAUGGUCAGUUUCAAUGUAUCACAGGUCCUGCUCAGGUUCCCAUGAUGUCUCCAAAUGGUUCAGUGCCUCCAAUCUAUGUGCCUCCUGGAUACGUUUCACAGAUCAUAGAAGAGAACGGAGUGCGGCGGGUUCUGGUUUUACCUCAGCAACCAGAUUUCCACCCAGGGGGACAUUCCCCGCUGCAUCAUCCUCCACCUCCUCCCCAUGCACACAUGCCUGCCUUCAUCCCACACCCCGCCAUGAUGCCCCCUCCUCCUCACCUGUACACAAGCAUGGCAGGAGGCGUGGGGGACCUGAGCUCCCAGUACAUCUCCCAGUAUCAUCCCGCCCAUAUUUUCUCAGAGCAGGUCUCUGCAGAUUCUCAUCCCCAACAUGGACGCCCAACGUUUGUCCACCGAGACGACAGAACUAGCAAAACGCACGAACGUCUCCAGAAGAAACUGAAGGAGCGUCAGGGAGGUGGAGGAGGAGGAGGCCAGGUGAAGGACAGUCCUCCAUCCUCCCCGCAGAAGUCCUGCAACAGCCCCCCAACCGCGGACAUUCACAACGGCAUCGGCGGGAAAGGGCUGGAAGCAGAGCACAGGCACGCCGUGGCCUGUCCAGACAAGCAGAUCAGCAAGGGAAAAAACGGAGAGUCCAGAGAGCUCGACAAAGAGGCUCAGGCCCUGAUCGCAUUUUUGAGUACUAUCAGUAAACCAGUGGUGUCAGACGUCCAAGCAAGAGGAGCCAAAGUGAGCUGGGUUGCACCUGCCAGGCCUGAGAACGAGAACGGCAGCGUGGAGGAGGACUCCAGCUCUCCACAGCCCCUCAGCUAUGAGGUUUCUGUCUCAGCUGAGGGGAAAGAUGGCAAAUACCAGACUAUGUACUGUGGGGAGGAACUAAGUGCGACUUUAAAGGGCCUUCGACCGGCGACGGAGCAUCACGUCAGGGUUCAGGCCAUGUCCAACUGUCUAGUAGGAAGCCCAUCAGAGCCAGUGAGCUUUACUACUUUAAGCUGUGAGCCAGACCCCCCCAAUCCUCCUAAGAAGGCCAGUGGGACCAAGAAUGCCCUCGUUCUUCAGUGGAAGGCUUCGUGUGACAACGGCUCCAAAAUUCAGAACUACAUUCUUCAGUGGGAUGAGGGGAAAGGCACAGGCGUUUUUGAAAAGUGCUAUAGUGGACCUCAGAAGCAGUACAGAGUGACCAAGCUUACUCCAGCUUCAAGAUACUCGUUUCGCCUCGCAGCAGAAAAUGACUUGGGUGUAAGCGAGUUCAGUGAAGUGGUGGACCUGUUCACCUCAUGCAGUGUGCCAUUGCCACCCUUCCCUCCAGAACUGGAGACAGCGGGAGUGACCUGGUUGUGUGUGAAGUGGCAGAGGCCCAGCAGUUCUCCAAAGGAAGAUGACAUUUCCUACAUUUUGGAGAUGGAGGAGGAAGGCUCGGGAUAUGGCUUCCAGCGGAGUUACGACGGUGACGAACUCUCCCACACCAUCAGGAACCUCCACAGAAGCACCAAGUACAAGUUUAGGGUGGCAGCCUACAAUUCAGAAGGAAAGAGUAAUCCCAGUCAGGUGGUUGAGUUCAUCACGAAGCCAGACAGACCCGGCAGUCCCUGCAGGCCUGUCAUCAGAGGAAGAGUCUUGCCUAACAGCUUCAAAAUGGCCUGGGAGCCACCUAAAGAGGACGGUGGAUCAGAAGUCACAAAAUAUGUGGUGGAGCUGUCUGAGGGUUUAAGCGGUUCAUUGUGGGGGCUGGUGUACUCUGGGCCAGCCCUGGAACAUGUAUGUGACGGUCUGAAGCCUGGCUGCUCCUACCAAACAAGAGUUUACUGCAUGAGUGAGGGGGGGCAGAGCCCGAUGUCGGAGACGCUGCAAGUCCAGACUCCGGCGGUGCCCCCGGGGCCUUGCCAGCCCCCUCGAUUGGUGGGAAAACCCAAAUCCAGGGAGGUGCAACUGCGCUGGGUCCCGCCUCAGGUAGACGGAGGAAGCCCCGUGUCCUGCUACAGCGUGGAAGUGAGCGGGCAGCAGGCUGAGGAGGGCCGGGAGGUGUACCAGGGUCCAGAGCUGGACUGCUCCGUGGGGGGGUUGAUGCCUGGCAAAACCUACGGCUUCCGGGUCAAGGCGGCAAACAAGGCUGGGUUUGGCCCUCUAUCAGAGCGGUGUGAAAUCACAACAGCCCCCGGAGCCCCAGAACAGUGCAAGGCCCCCUCAACCACGUCCAAAUCUCCCACCUGCGUGGUCGUAAGCUGGGAGGCUCCUCCCUGUAACGGGGCGCCAGUGACAGAGUUUCGUUUGGAGUGGGGUGCAGCCGAAGGCACCAUGCAGGUGUGUUACAGCGGGUCAGCGCUCAGUCACGAAAUGAGGGGGCUGCUCCCUGCAACCAACUACUUCUGCAGAGUGCAGGCUGCAAACCUGGCGGGCGUGGGCCCCUUCAGCGAGGCGGUGCUGUGCCAGACGCCCUGCUCCGUCCCCGCCGCCGUCAGCAACAUCUACGUGCUGAAGGAGUCCGAGCUGCAAAAGUACGACGCCGCAGCUGACGAAGACGAGGAGGACGAAGAGGGCGCCGUCUCGCGCCCCUCGCCGGUCUACUCUCCCUCCACCUGCCUUGGCAUUGGCUGGGACUCUCCGUGCGAUCACGGCUCAGAGAUCACCUCUUACCUGAUCGACCUCGGAGAGAAGCAGCCCGUCGUCGUCGGGCGCGUCAACAAACACGUCAUCCAGCACCUGCAGCCGGACACCAGCUACAGGAUCCGAAUUCAAGCCCAGAAUAGCCUGGGAACCGGGCCCUUCAGUCACACCUUUAAGCUGAAGACCAAGCCGCUGCCUCCGCAGCCUCCGCGGCUGGAGUGCACCGCCUUCAGCCACCAGACCCUCAGGCUCAAAUGGGGCGACGGCCCCACCAAGGCCGCCUCCUCGGAGGCGCUCCAGUACCAGCUGCAGAUGGGGGACAAAAACAGCAGAUUUAUCCCCCUGUAUAAAGGACCAUGCCACACACACAAAGUCCAGAGGCUUAAUGAGUCUACCUCUUACACGUUCCGCAUCCAGGCCUUUAACGAGGCGGGCGAAGGGCCCUUCUCCAAUGUUUACACAUUCACCACCCCACGCUCUCCUCCAGCUCCUGUGAAAGCUCCUAAAGUGGAGCGUCUCGAUGACAACUCCUGUGAAGUCACAUGGGAAGCCCUGCCCCCCAUGAAGGGAGAUCCUGUUAUCUACACCUUGCAGAGCAUGAUAGGAAACUCUGAGUUCAAACAGAUCUACAAAGGCUCCGCCUCCUCCUUCCACGCUCAGAACCUGCAGCCCAGCAGCGACUACCGUUUCCGCGUGUGUGCGAUCCGGCAGUGCCAGGACGCCACGGAACUGAGCGGCCCCUACAGCCCCACCGUGGCCCUCCCCCCCCAGCGGAGCGACGCCGCCGCCGCCGGCAGCUCGGCAGGCUCAGGGCUCAGAACCGGCGCGGAGUCGGCCCGGACCAGACAGAGUCUGACAGACGAGCAGUGCGCUUUCCUCCUCCUCAUGGUCUUCGCCGUCAUCGCCAUCCUCAUCGCUUUCGUCAUCCAGUACUUUGUCAUCAAAUGAGCAGUGUCGCGCCGCCCGGCUGCAGGGUUAUAGCUUUAUCCCCCCCCCCCUAUCUCUCUGUUGUUUUGUAUUCUUCGUUUCGUACUGUAACUGUUUCCGGUUUCAACAGAGUAAUCGCAUUAGCUGUUAUGGGGCGCAGCAGGGGGCGGUUAUUUGCACCUGGUUAUACCUUCCUGGCCUUCGUCACCCACGUUUGUUCGGUUAAAUUCAUGCAGAUUGGCAAAGAAGGAAAAAAAAAAUCAAACCUACGAGGGUUGAACUGUGUGGGGGAGGGGAGCGGUGCAUAUAUCAGAUGUAUAGAAAUCGUUGUUAUUUAUAUUUCCACGUCUCGUUCUGAAACCGUUUUGAUAGAUGUUCCAAACGAAAAAAGAAAAAAGCAGUCUGUGGGUGCGUCCUUCUUGCCUGUAUUUGAUCGUGGGACCUGUCGGGCCAGUGUGUUUUUCCACGGCGAGGCCGGAUCCGUAAAAACCUGCAUGUUGUUGUUGCCACGGCGGCACAGCCAGAAAGCUUCAGGGCCAGUUUGAAGGGGCUAUACUUCCUCUCCCCCCACCACCGCCACCACCACCACAAAACAAAGAAGGUUUCAAACGUUUAUUUCGCACUUUCCGACCUCUUUUUUGAUGCUCAGAAUGUUUAAGGAUGCAAAAAUGACUGGAGAAAUGUUCGUAUAUUUUUGUACAGCCAGGAGGCGAGGAGGACCUGUAGGUUUGAGGAGAAAAAAAAUGCUCAGUAUAAAGUUAGAGAAGAAACGGCAAGUUCUGAUUAUUUUUACUAUCAUGUAGUUAUACUGUAGCUUGUUUUUACAAUCAUGCAGCUGCUUUACUCUGAAAUAUUGUUGUUCAGCACAAAAAAUGUAUGCUUUCUCGUAUGUUCUGUUCGAUUCGUCCCCCCAGUAAUUGAUUUUUUUUUGCACCUUAGUGGAAGAAAACUUUGACUGACUGCAUUUUGGUCUUGUGAUGCAUUUUAUAGAACACACUUUGAGAUUGUGCAAGCCCUACUUGUGUUUUGGGUGUUUUAAAAGUUGUAGUAUCACAUUACGUGUCACUGAAACAGCAAAAACUAAAAAAAAAAGAAAAAAAAGAGGAAAAAGUGAAAGAAAAGAGGAAAAAAUGUUUCAGAGGCCUUAAUUGGAGAGGGAAAAAAAUCUUGAGAGUUUUUCUUUUUUUUUUUUUUUUUUUUAAUUUCCAUUUAUGUUCUGAUGUAUUUUCUUUUAGGGUUAGAAAACGCUAAAAUGUGUUUUAUUUCCUCUUUUUGCAGCAUUCAUUUGGUGUUAUGUAAUCAUGAGAAAUGGAAAGUAGUCCUAAAUAUUAAGAUUUAUUUUGGUUUCCGCUGUCAAGUCAUACAUGUGUGAAGUAUAUUUUUUUAUAAUAUUGAAGUAAUAUAAGUUAAUACUCUCCACAGAAGACAAUAAAUCCUGAGUCAUGGUGGAACGCAAACGGCAGAUACAAAAAUGUAUUAUCAAGUACUUCCUGUGAAACAAAAAUUUGCCUUUUUCUGUGUUAAGUAUUUGUAAAAGAUUGCAAACACUGAGUGGUUCGGUGGUCAUCUGCCUGUAAGGUCUAGUGUUGUUUUUGGUUCCCAGCUGUCCAAACGAGGCGCAGCUCACCCUGCAGAAACGUCCGGAAGAAUUACAUGGAAUUGGUCCCUCAGACAAACGUCUUCUCGUCAUGGAAAGAAAAUUAAAUUUCCUAUUUUUGAUAGCGAUCGCAAACGUGUGCCAUUUUAACGCCUCUUCACCGCGGGCUUUACCCAAAGUCUUUAGGCUGCAGAGAUUAUCGAAAUGCUACUAAAAUGAGCAAAAAUAUGCACAAAAAAUUGAGACCAUUUUUAUGUAAUUUUAAUGUUUGCAGUUACCUCAUACACCGUACAUUCCAAAAAGAAAAAUUUGUUAUACAUACUUCCAGACAUAUCACUUUACAAUGUUCGUUAUGGGGAAAAUGUAUAAUCAUAGAUAUGUAUCUAAAGUGUAUCUGUAUAGCCAUGAUAUCUACAAAGGAUCCAUGCACAAUAAAAGAUUUAUAAUUCCUCA